UUUAAAGAAAGCGUUGAAUAAUCCAUUAGCUCUAUUAAAUUCUAUUAAUCAAAUGAUUAUCUAUAAAUUCAGCGUGCAAGAUAGCUCGUGGGGUUAUCGUGGUGAUGAUGGAAAGGUAUAUUACGCAAAUAUUGGCAAAUCAUAUGGACCAGGAUUUAAGACUGGGGAUACUAUUGGAUGUUGUUUAAACUUUAGAAACAAUAAGGUAUUCUAUACCAUAAAUGGUGUGAAUCUAGGUAUUGCAUUCCGCUAUUUGAAAAGUUCUUUAUAUCCUUGUGUUAAAAUAGAAUCGCAAGAUGGAGAAAUAAAAGUAAACUUUGGCCAUAAAAAGUUCAAAUAUACAGGUGAAUACAAGAAGGUAUUUGCAGAUUGUAUAAAGUUAUUAGAAUUUGAGUCAAAUAAUGCAUUUGCAUUAAAAUAUCAAGGAGAAAUAUAUAAUUUGAUGGGUAGACGCAAAGAAUCACUUGCAGAUUUAAUUAAAUUAUUAGAAAUCAAUGCAAAUGAUACAUGGAUGUUAAAA